GCGCAUGCGUCAGGCGAUGCAUUGUGGGUGUUGUAGUCCAGUGGGCGGCUGGCGGACGGUGAUAUGACUGGAUAUGGUUGAAAACGAUUGAAAUGAGAGAAGUCCUGUGGAGUUAGCUUUGCUCAGUUCUGGGAGAACGGAAAGGCUUGGGAGUAAUUAUAUGGUGGUGGCAGUCUGGAACUCUCCCAUGGCUUGUCGAAUGUACUGGUAACUCUGGUUCAGCAAGCGAAUGUAAGAAUAAAUCCUCUCUGUGACCUGUAGGCGACUAGAUUUCUCUUCAUUGGCUUUAAAAGUAGGAAGGCUCAACAUGGCUCCUCGGGAUAUAAUGACCAACUCACAUGCCAAGUCAAUUCUCAACACUAUGAACUCUCUGAGGAAGAGUAACACCCUGUGCGAUGUCACAUUGCGAGUUGACAGCAAGGAUUUUCCUGCUCAUCGUAUUGUGUUGGCCGCUUGCAGUGAUUACUUUUGUGCCAUGUUCACCAGUGAGCUUUCGGAGAAAGGUAAACCUAACAUUGAUAUUCAGGGUCUGACUGCUUCCACCAUGGAGAUCUUAUUGGAUUUUGUAUAUACAGAAACUGUCCAUGUCACUGUAGAAAAUGUUCAGGAAUUGCUUCCUGCAGCCUGUCUGCUCCAGCUAAAAGGUGUGAAGCAGGCUUGCUGUGAAUUCUUGGAGAGCCAGUUAGACCCAUCCAACUGUUUGGGAAUCCAGGAAUUUGCAGAGACUCACAGCUGUGUGGAUCUGAUGCAGGCAGCAGAAGUUUUCAGUCAGAAGAAUUUUCCAGAAGUUGUCCAACAUGAGGAAUUCAUGCUGCUGAACAAGGGGGAAGUGGAAAAACUCAUUCGGUGUGAUGAGAUUCAGGUGGAUUCAGAGGAACCAGUGUUUGAAGCAGUAUUAAACUGGGUAAAACACUCUAAGAAGGAACGAGAGGAAUUUCUACCAGAUCUGCUGCAGUAUGUCCGGAUGCCAUUGCUCACUCCAAGAUACAUUACAGAUGUAAUUGAUGCUGAACCCCUAAUUCGGUAUAGCCUUCAGUGCCGAGAUCUGGUGGAUGAAGCCAAGAAAUUUCACCUGAGACCAGAAAUCCGAACACAGAUGCAGAGCCCCAGGACCAGGCCGAGAUUGGGAGCCAAUGAGGUGUUGUUAGUGAUUGGAGGGUUCGGGAGCCAACAAUCCCCAAUUGAUGUUGUGGAGAAGUACAAUCCCAAGUCUCAGGAGUGGAGCUUCCUGCCUAGUAUCACCCGGAAGCGGAGGUAUGUGGCCACGGUGUCGUUGAAUGAUCGGAUUUACGUGAUUGGAGGAUAUGAUGGCCGUUCCAGACUCAGCUCGGUAGAAUGCCUGGAUUACACGUCCGAUGAAGAUGGUGUCUGGUACUCAGUGGCCCCGAUGAAUGUGCGCCGAGGCCUGGCUGGAGCUACUACGCUUGGAGAGAUGAUCUAUGUGGCAGGUGGAUUUGAUGGGAGCAGACGACACACUAGUAUGGAGCGGUAUGACCCAAAUAUUGACCAGUGGAGUAUGCUGGGUGACAUGCAGACUGCACGAGAGGGGGCUGGUCUUGUUGUGGCCAAUGGAGUCAUCUACUGUCUUGGUGGCUAUGAUGGGAUUAAUAUCCUGAGCUCUGUGGAGAGGUAUGACCCACACACUGGACACUGGACACAUGUCACACCGAUGGCUACCAAACGUUCAGGAGCUGGGGUAGCUUUGCUGAAUGAUCAUAUUUAUGUUGUUGGAGGCUUUGAUGGAACCGCCCACCUUGCCUCGGUUGAAGCUUAUAACAUUCGCACAGACUCUUGGGUAACGAUAACUAACAUGACAACUCCUCGAUGCUACGUGGGAGCAGCAGUGCUUCGUGGGAGGUUGUAUGCCAUCGCUGGAUACGAUGGGAAUUCAUUGCUGAGCAGCAUAGAGUGCUACGACCCGAUCAUUGACAGCUGGGAUGUGGUCACUUCAAUGGGAACUCAACGUUGUGAUGCUGGGGUGUGUGUGCUUCGUGAGAAGUGAAGAGGAGCAGCUGUGAACAGAACCUAGAACGAAAACCAACAUUGCUUUAUCUUUACCUUCAGCUGUGGUGUUUGUUUCUCUUUUUCUUGAAGUGCAAUAUUUGGAGCUAAAUGUAAAUCUUUUAGUAAACAAGCAACAAUUUGCACAGGAACAGUUGAAGCUCUGCAGCUGAGAAUCCGGAUUAAAUGAAAUAGACAUUUCAAAAAUUUUAUUGGGUUUGAAUUCUACAUCAGUCCCCACUAAAGAGAGAGCGAGAGCAGUGUGGACAGGAAUGACCUGUGUUUACUGUUUGUAUAAAUGUGAAGAGUGACUGUCUGAUGUACCACGUCAUCCUGUCACUAUCAACCUGAACUUUCCAAAGGAUCUUAAUGUGUUUUGAUUGGGCUCGUCCUGUAUAUAGGUACCAGAACACUGAAGACUAGUAUGCUUUAGCAUAUUACAAUCAAUUCAGCGCCUCGACUUGCUUCCGAUAUUAGUGACAGACCAAUUAAUAACAGCCUAACAUUGUGCAAAUCAAAAUGUUUUCUGCAAACACCAGCCAAGACUGACGUUCAAAUCUUUAACUGAUUCUAGUGACAGCAGUGACAUGGAAGCAUUGAUUUUUUACUGUGUUACUGAUUCAGCAAUGGGGAGCACUGUCCAGUUUGCGUGUUUCCAGCAUUGAGUGACAGUGUUUUAUUUAUAAAGUGACUUUCCACAGUUAUGUGUACAGAUAAAGUGAACUAAUACACCCUCCUGUGCCUGUCACUGAUAAGACAACUUGUGGCUGAAAGGGUAUUUUAAUGGCAAUUUGUACCUGAGAGGAAGAAUAGAAUGAUAUUGGAAGUGUUUAAUAUUAAAACUACUUAAUUUUUUGCUCA